AGUACUUCAAAUUUUGGCCUCGUAAAGGAGAAGUAAACAAACCCCAAAAUAAAGCUAAAUUUCCUACAAUACUGGGUCUACUUGACCAUUAAAACACUUUCUUAACCACUCAUUUCCGAGAACUGCUCUCAUCAGUGCAAUGUAAUCUAUCCCUUUGUGUGUGUGUCUAUAUAUACAUACACACACACUAUACAGACACACACACUAUAUAGACACACACGGCAAACCAAUAUUCUACAAGAAGAAGACAGAGAGAGAAUCAGUAUGGCAAGCUUAAACAUACCCAUCAGCCUCCCCAAGUUUGGCCAUGUUGGAGCAACAAUUGCUAGGAGAAGCACUUGGAACCCGAAUUUUUUCUUGGCUUCAAGCCCCCGAACUCUUCAAGCAACGUCUCACCCAGAUGGGGAAGCAGCACGAGAAAAGGCAUCAGAGGCCGUUCAACAUGGUGUUGAUGAGGCAGUCAAGACCGGUGAAAACAUGAAGAACAAGGCCGCUUCGGCUGCUGAACAAGCGACAGACAAGACAAAAGGGGUGGCAGGGAAGAUUACAGAGACAGCACAGGAUGUGACUGAGAAGGCAAAGCAGAAAGUGCAAGAUGUAUGGGGUUCGGCCGUGGAUACUGCACAAAAAGCCAAAGACACUGUGAUUGGCAAGGCUGACGACUCAAAGGAGGCCAUCAAAGAAAAUGUAGAGACUGCCAAGCGUAGCAUGAACUCCAAGAACUGAUUAAUUAAUUACACUAAUUACUUAUUUAAUUUCAUUUUGAAGUCUCAUCUUGAAUACUAUCUCAUGAUGAGCUCAAUGUCCUUCAUCUAAUAUUUUCUAAAGUUAAUUUGUUUCUGUUGUAUUAUUUGUUUUCUAUUGCAAUAGAAAUCAAUUUUAUAAACAAUGACCAGUUUUUUCUUAUUUAGUUUGUUGUCAAAACAGGGAUAGAAAAAAGCCUUGCCUCAUUCUUCUUUUUAACCAAAAAAAGAAAGAAAAGAAGAUCAGGAAGAACUUGAGUAUUAUACCACCCAUAAUUUUUGUCUUAAGAGCUAGUAUUCCUAUAAUAUAAAAAUGUCUUGUCUCAUUGCAUUUGGAAGAAAAAAGUUGUACUUAGGAAAACAACCAAAUUAAAAAAGAAAAGUAUGUUUCAGAAAGCAAACCUCGGAU